AUGCUCGAAUUGGCUACACCGCAAAAUUUCCCUUACAUUAUUUCUGACGCCAUUUCGAGAUCUGUUUCUUAUCCUUCUAUUUUCUUUUGUCGAAAUCAACUAAAAUCUUCAGUAACCAAUCGCCGGCUCUUCAGUUACCCGCUGUUGGCACCUCAGAGCUUUGAAUCAAGUUACUUGACGUAUCGUAGGAAGAGCUUUGUGACACUUGUGAAAGCGAGUCGGAGAGAGUCACCAUACGAAGUGCUUGGUAUUUCUCCAACCGCAACUCCAAAUGAAAUCAAAAGGGCUUAUCGGAAACUGGCUCUGAAGUAUCACCCCGAUGUUAAUAAAGAGCCUAAUGCACAGGAGAAAUUUAUGCGUAUUAAACAUGCAUACAACACAUUGCUGAAUUCUGAAUCUCGAAGGAAAUAUGAUUAUGGGAAUCAUGGAUCUGAUUUUUCAUAUUCAUCUGCCCAACGUAGCCAAAAUAGAAACACCCAAGAUGAAGAAACAUUUUACGGACUCGGUAAUUUUUUGGAGGAUGUUCAAAUAGCACUAGGGGACUUCUUUAAGGAUCUUCAAGAGGAAUUUCGAAAUUGGGAGGCCAGUGUUUCUUCACAAGGGACGCCAAAGAGUCUUUGGGAAGAACUGGGGGAAAUUGGAGAGGAGUUUGUGGAAUUUCUUGAGAAAGAACUCAACAUAACCGAUGAUUCAGAAGCUGAAUCAAAUAACAACAAAGCAUCAGAUAAGACGGAUACUUUCAGAACUUCCAACGCUGAUAACACGAGAAAUGACGGUCGAAGUCAAACCAGCAAGGGCAGUAGUAUUGAAGAUAAUAUCGACGAGAUAGAAGCCACACUUUUGAAGUUGAAGAAGGAAUUAGGGUUGUAGCAUGGAAAUGCAAUGCAAAAUGGCAGCCUUUCAUCCAUAUUUCUCUGCAAAGAGAACAUUAAAUUGGGUCUGAUUCUGAAAGCUCACUUUAGUAGCCUUGGGGGGAGGUAACUCUUGACAAAGUAUAUGUCGCCUUCUCCAGUUCUCCAGUUCUCCUAUGAUGCCAUUGGAAUAUCAUAUAUAAUUUGGUUGAAAUUGGCAAAUGUUUGGCCAUGAACUUUCUGGUUGUAGGUAUCAUUUUGUUGUGUAACAUAUUUGAAGUUCUAUUUUUUAGUCCAUAACAUUACAAUAAGCACAAAAGAAGUUCACUUGAUUGAUCAAAA